GUCGCCAUGUCUAUGCUUUCUUGAGAAUUUGAAACUGCGCGGGUUGAUCUUGAUCAGUAGACACCGUCGACACUGGAAAAGAAAAGUUGGAUAGAAUAGACAAAUUUUGUUGUGUGCACAGAUCUUUGUUGGCCUUACCCAAACGAUGCCUGUUGCUAUAAAUCGUGUUCCGGGAGAAAAGAUCGCCGUUCCUCCCGAGAUUUUGGAAAACGUUGUGAAAGAUGUGGAUGAAUAUUUGUCAUCCGACAGAAGAUAUCCAGAAUUAGCCGACCAAAUUGGAGCAUUUUCACAAGCUGACACUGUCUUGAGUGGAGUCAACGACUUUGACUAUCCAAUGCUGUCAAGAAUUUCUGAUGGACUGAGACAUAUGCAUUUGAUUUCAACAGUCAACCAUAUACCUCUACCAUCAGAACUCAUUGAGCAAUUUACUUACAUGCAGUGUAAUUGCCAGAUGGGUCUGUUUCCUGAGAUUCAUAGAGCAUGGUUGACCAUAGACAGUGAUAUAUACGUCUGGAACUAUGAGGAUGGAAGUGAUUUGGCAUAUUUUGAUGGCCUGAGCGAGACCAUAUUGAGUGCUGGUCUGGUUCAACCAAAACCUGGAAUAUUUCAGGAGCACAUCAAAUUUCUUCUAUGUAUCACAACACCUGUGGAUGUUGUUCUACUUGGUGUAAGCUUUAGCGAUCCAAACACUGGUGUACACGAAGGCGAUUACCACGAGAUGCAUUUAUUGCCCGAACCAUUGUUUACUUUACAAACUGAUAACGUUUAUAUGUCUGGAAUAACUGGCACUAUCAAUGGUCGUAUUUUUCUCUGUGGUCGGGAUGGUUGUGUUUACGAGAUGGACUACCAGGGAGCGGGAAAUUGGUUUGGAAAGAAAUGCAAGAAAGUCAAUCAUUCUGUUAGCGCGCUUUCAUUUCUCAUCCCAUCUUUCCUCUCUUUUUCACUCAGUGGAGAAGAUCCUGUUGUCCAACUGGCUGUCGAUAAUAGCAGAAAUAUUUUGUACAGUCGAACUCAAAAAGGAACUAUUCAGGUUUUUGAUUUGGGCAAAGACGGUUCGAAAACCUCUUAUGUUACAUGUUGUUAUCAAGACAGUAUCGUCAACAAAGCCGCCAGCAUGCUAAGGUUAAGUGUCGAUAGAACUCGCCUGAAACCCAUCGUUCAUAUUGCUCCAAUUUCUACCAACGAAUCGCAAAUUGUUCAUCUUGUUGCCAUUACGCAAUCAGGUGUUCGUCUUUAUUUUAUGACGACUUCUCCCGAGCGGUACGAAGAUCGCCCCUCAAAGCUCUCGCUAUUUCACGUUCGCAUGCCCCCUGGAUGUGCUCCAUCAGCUAGACCUGAGAGACCGUUCAUGGUUCAUGCGGCUUAUUACAGACAAGGCACCGCUUUGUUUUGUUCAUCUACGAAUGACGAAAAGGACAUAUUAUGGAGUAUCAGUCCUGAUAUUUUUCCUUUCCAAAGAAAUUUACAAGAAUCUUACGUCAGCAUUCCAUUGGAAGGCAGGGCAUGGGCGAUACACGAGGUUCCUGAACAAACGUAUCCUGUAUUACCCUCAUCCGUCCCUCUCAACUGGCCGGAUCCUCCAGUCAUAGUUACGCAACACGUUGCAGCAUCGAGGAAGUUUGUUGUCCUCAGUGCUCAGGGCUCUUACUUGUUUUCUUCCCUUCGUCCAUUUGAGCAACUACAACAUUUGUUACAAACACACCAUGGUCCCGAUGCUGAAGCUGUUCAUGGUUUUUCAGGCUACUUCAGGAAGUCUGAAAAAGAUAGUCUGAAAGUUGAUCACGCAUGCGCUACAGCUUUGGUCCUUGCUUGUUCAACAAACAACAACGAAAUCGCCGACUGGGCUACCCAAGCGUUCUUCAGAUAUGGCAGUGCUACAGUUUUACAUCCAAUCACAUCCCUUGCCAAUGCAAGUGGUCAGCCUAUUCAAGCGCCAAGUACUAGACUUACCCCUGAUACGAGUUUUGCAUCCCAACCACCUGCGCCAGGAAGUGGUCAUAGUGGUAGUUACCUAGCAACGCCUGGAAUCAGGCAAGCUGGAAGAAGCUCUUUACCAAAUCCCCAGCUACAGUCAACCCCAUAUCAACCUGCAUCGGGAGCUGGUGUCCUUCAACAAUCCGAGACCUUGAAAUCAGGAAGAAUCGCCGGCUUGAAUCUUUAUCUUGCGAGAUUAUUGUCACCAUUGUGGGAUGAAAGGCUUGUGUCUCAAGAAUACAACGUAUUGCCUGAAUAUGACUACACCUUACGGCCACCAAAUAAAUGGAUUUAUAGUCGUUUAACCAGUGAACAGAUUGGUUGGUUUGUUGAUCAACUUCAAAAUCUAGAAAAAUGGUUAAAUACCAACAUCAUGCAGUUUUCAGGUGCUCGUUCACCUCUUGGUACUCAUGUUCAACGAGGUACUGGUACCCCGAUUCAACCAGGUUCGAGCAGAUCGGAAGCAGAAGCGGCAGACGCUCUCCGUCAUUUGAUAAAAAGAUGUCGUGAAGUAUUGUCUCUUUGGCAGAUCCUUGAUGAUAAUGAAUUUUAUUUAGUCGUUGAACGUUUAUCACAGGAGUCACGUGACCGUUUAUGUUUCCUCAAAUUUCGUGACUUUGUAAUCAACGGAAAUGUGAUUGGCAAUGAGCUCAUUGCUUCAUUGAUGUCGUGUUUUCUGGAUGAUAAUGCUACAACAGAUACUAUAAGUGACCAGUUGCGAGAUCUUUGUCCGACAAUUUAUACGACGAACGAUGCAAUUUGCACCAAGGCAAACGAAUUGCUGGAUUUAGCGAAGAAAGCUACCGAUAAGUAUGAAAAGGAAAAAACACUACAGGAGGCCACAAGGCUUUAUCGCCAAGUGGCUGUUCAAAUUGAUCUUGCUUUUAUAUGUGGAAGUAUGAGGAGUGUAAUAAGGUUUUUUGACGGCAUCGUUGAGUUAGCUGUGCACACGGCAUCAGUGAGAGAUCCACAGAAUCUUGCUCUUUAUUAUUUUGAAAAUGGUUCGCACGAACAACCUGGUCCUGGUUAUGAUGCUUUCUUAAUACGGCAAAAUUGUUAUAACUGUGUUAUUGGAACGUUAAUGCGCCUUCUUACCUCACGUCAGCUGUCACGUGUCAAUAGUGCUAAUGUGCCGAGUAGGCCUGGUCCUCCCUUACCACUAGAUGAAAAUUUGCUCACAGCAGAAGAAGCUGAACGUUAUCUUGAGGCGACACUCGUUACCGCAUUGCGAUCUAGGGAUGAGCUUUUCUUGUCGUCUAUAUUUGAUUGGCUAAUUGAGAAAAAUCUUCCUGAAAGAUUGCUAGAGGUGCGGUCUCCAUUCUUAGAGGCAUAUUUGAAACGACUAGCUGCAACGCAGCAUCCCAACAAUAUCCCGGCUUUGGAUUUACUAUGGAAAUACUACGAGAAAGCUGAGAACUAUUCUGCUGCGGCCCGAAUACUGAGCAAGCUUGCUGAACGUGAAGGCAAUGAUAUUGACUUGGAAGGUCGACUCGAGUACCUGUCACGUGCCAUUAUGACUGCGAAAAGCUGCAAUGUUCGACAGCCGAGUAUAUCAGAUGGAGAAUUCUUACAUGAAUUGGAAGAGAAACUUGAGGUGGCUCGUCUACAAUUGCAAGUAUAUGAACAACUGAUUGCACUGAAAGAUUUGGGGAGGUAUCCAAAUAUUGACGAAGCCUUGGAAGAACUCAACUUGAAACUAAUGGAUGUUACCAAGCUUUAUGGUGACUUUGCUGAUCGUUUCCGAUUAGCUGAAUGCAAGCUUGCAAUUAUACAUUGUGCAGGUCAUCAUGAUCCUGUAUUGGUAGAAGAAUUGUGGAAUGAUAUCAUCGAUACAGAGCUGAAUAAAAGCAGGCAUAGCUCAUCAAGUGAUAAAAUGACGUCGCUACAUAAUAAACUGGUUAUUCUUGGGAAAACGUAUCUUCAUUCUGAAAGAUAUUUCCCCCUGACUUUUCUUGUGCAUCUUUUGGAAGAGCACUCUUGUCGUUUGGAUUGGGAAACCGCGUGGGUGUUUGAAACGCUGUUAGAAAUUGGAAUCCUACUUCCAUUGCUCCAUAAAAUAUAUGACAGAUUAUUUAAAUCAAAGGAUCAAGUGUGGCAGUCGUUGAACCAACCAUUUCAUGUGUUGGAGGUUCUGUAUCUUCUAAUUGUCAAGUUUGUUGAUAUUCCCACUCUUGUCCCCCCUCAAGAGAAACCGACUUUUACGGCGACUGUCUACGACGCAUGCGCGACUUAUCUUGUGGAACUGCAAUCAAUCAGCUCUCGUCAUCCUACUUGUCAGGAACUUAUCCAACUUUAUAAAGGCUUACAAUCACGCUUAAAACGAGCACUUUAGUAGAAAGCUAACUAAGAAAUCUACUUAUCAAAACCAUCGUUUACACACCACUCAUCGGAUGGAUAGAAAAGUAAAAAUGUAGAUAACGAACAUAUAACACAUUCUAAAAACUUUUUUAUUACAAUUGUAAUUUUUAAUUUUGGUAUUUUGACAAUAUGGAAUGCUUGCUUUACAACUUUUUUGUUUGAAUUAAUACCUGAAUUAUUUUAA